AUGUCCGAUAUAGAAAAACUUUGUUUAUUAAUAGAAAAUCGUCCUGAUAAUAAUUCUAUUGGUCGUUUAACAUAUUUAUUAAAUACAAAUGAAACAAUUGAUCAUGAAAAAAUUCUUAAUCAAUGUGGAAAAUAUUUAAGUGGAAUUAAUUUAGAUGAUUUUUUUGAAUUAAUUAUAAAAAAAAAUCAAAUUAAUUUAAUUGAAAAAUAUCUUAAAAAUAUUAAUGAUAUUAGUGAAAAACAAUUAAUACAAUCAUUAAAUUUAACAUUUGAUUAUUUAUUAUUAAUAUUAACAAAACCAUAUGAUUAUUGGUCAUUAACAAAUUCUAUGAAAUUAUAUUUUAAUUCAUCAAAAUCUGUUGAACUUGGUGAACAACUUGUUUCAUAUUUAAUUCAUUUUCAACAACCAAUAUCAUCAAUUAUUGAUUGGCUUUGUGCAUUAAUUGAUGCACAUUUUUCAUCAUUUGUUCUUGCUAAAUGGAAUAAAAUUCCUUUAAUAGAAAAAUUUGUUCAAGAUCGUUUGAAUACAUUUGAUUUACUUCAAGGUCUCAAUACGAUCAAAAAAACAUCAGCAGCAACAACAACAACAACAAAUAAAAAAACACUCGACAAUCUAUAUACUCUUCAAAGGAUUCAUUUCAAAUAA